CUUCAUUAGACCAAUUAACUAGUUUUUUGAACUGUCAGUGGAAAAAAUUAUUAAAUUAAUUUCUACUCCUUUAUUAGUUUCACUUAUAUUCUGUAAAAAACGAAAAACCGAUAACAUUCCAGUGUAACCGGAUCAACUGUUAGUCAAUGUUUUUCAAUGGUAAAUGACUAUCAAUUUGUAUUUUAGGUUAUGUCAAAUAUUAUCAAAAUAAUGAUUAAUCAAAUAUUCUUUCUAGUUUGGCUUGCUUAGUGUUCAUACUUAUUGUUUUGUAAAGCUGCUGGUAGAUUGAGAGAAAUACAUAUAUUCGGUUUCUAAAUUAUUCAACUUUCCAUAAUGGCAUUGCAUUUGAACAAUUGGAUCCCCGGAAAUUUUAAAAGUGUUCCUAAUACAGGAAGUUCAGGUUUGUUUUAAAACUACUCUGUAUUCUUAUUUUAUAAUAUGUGUAUACAAAUUAUCAUAAAGCAAAUUCAAGAAAAAAUAUUAACUAAUUUCAGUUAAAUGUUACAGAAACAACAUAGAGCUAUGUAUGACAAAUUAAUAAAUUUAAUUUAAUUGUAAAAUAUACUUAUUUUACGUAAUUUAAUUUUUACAAAGUAUCUACCUAAGUUAUAUGGUUGAUACCUAAAGGGGUACCUUAGAUAUCUUUUUUUUUUUGAGGAUGAACAGAUGAAUUGUUUUAUGUUGUUAAAGAAUUAAAAUACUGUAUAUAGUAACAUUAUAUGUUUAUUAAUAAUUUAUUUUAAAUAGGGUUAAAUCUGAAUUUAUAUUGCUUCAAAAGUUUAGAUAUAUCAUCUCAAUUACUUAUAUUAUUUAAUAAUACCUGGGGCAGACUCAUAAUUUUUGUAUGUUCCUACAUUCAUCCAUGGUGGCAUCAGCAUGAAUCCUUUUUCUGUCAGACGUUUCUAAUAAUAUCACUCAUCAUGUUAAGAGUGUGAUGGAUUUUGUAAAAUUGUAUUUUUUGAUUAUUUUAUAUCUGAACCUAUGGUUUAAAUUAAAUUUUAAAAUUCAUGUAUACAUGAUGUUACAAUAUAAAAUAUCAUUAUAUCUAAAAACAACAUUGUAAAAAUAUCAAAUAUGGUUUGAUUAUUUAGAUUUAUUUCAAUGUACGUACUUAUAUUGAAAACUAUUAUUUAAUAUAUAAAAAAAUGUUAUUUGAAUUAGUUUCUUUUUUAUAUAUAAUUUAAUUAUAUUGCUGAACAUGUUUGAUGUAUAUCUACCUAAUUAUUUUCACUUUUUAGCUCAGCAUGACAUAGUACAACAUGGUUGGACUCCAAUAACAACUACAACCUCUGUUCUUGGUGUCGUAUUCGAUUCUGGAGUGGCAUUAGCUGCUGACACACUGACUUCAUAUGGUUCAAUGGCAUGUUUUGGAAAUAAUCCCAGAAUAUUAACGGUAUGAUAAAUUUCCUAUAAAAGUAAUUUUUAAUAAAUAUAUAAUACAUUUGUAUUUGAUUUUGAAACUGUUUACAUUAUCUUUUUAAUAACAGGUGAACAAAAACAUUAUUGUUGCUGCAGCAGGUGAGUACUCUGAUUACCAGUUUAUACGGGAUACAAUCGAAGACAAAAUUACGACCGAGAAGAGUUUGAAUGAUGGUAUAUCACUGAAACCAAAAGCUUUACAUACAUGGCUUUCUCGUGUUUUGUACAAUCGCAGAACUAAGAUGAAGCCACUUUGGUCCACAUUCUUAGUUGCUGGAAUCCAAAACGAUAAACCGUUUUUGGGUGAAAUUGAUAAACUGGGUACAGCAUUUGCAGAUGAACAAAUUGCUAGUGGUUAUGGUGCAUACCUUGCAUUGCCAUUAUUACGAAAAGCUAUUGAUGAAAAACGUGCAAAAUCUAAUUCUAGUUUAACAAAAGAUGAAGCUGUUGCUUUACUUAAAAAAUGCAUGGAAGUAUUGUAUUACAGGUAUUUUGAAAUUAAUUUUUGCUAUUUUCAAAUUUGUAUAGUUUGGAAUAAGUAGGGCAUAAGGACUUAAAGCUCUAAAACGUUACCAAAUAUGCAGUUUGAAAUUAAAAUCGAGAUUUUUUUUUGAAAAAUAUAAUUUACUUAGUAUACCUUGUAGAUAAUUGUUCUAAUUUUAAAAACAAAUUAUAGUUUUUAAAAUGUUUAAGAUAAAAACAUUUAAUAAUAAUAAAUAAUUAAACACUUCAUGACUGAAUUUAAACAAAUAAUUGUUUAAUUAAAAAAAAUUAUAAUGAUUUAAAUUAUAGCAUAUUUCACAUAUAAAUAAAUAGCUUUAAAAAUAAAAUAAAUCUUAAACAAAACAUGUGGUUAAUCGUUUAGAAACACAGAACACUGAAACGUGAAUAUAUCCAUUACUGGUUGCAGGGUAGACAAAAAACUUGUAUUCACAAACAGUCAACAAUAUUGUAUAGAAAUAAAUUUAAAUUUAACAAUUUUGGAUGUAUUAUUAAAUGAAAUAAAAACGUGAUUAUGGAAAAUAUUAAUUAAAUAAAAUAUGACUCGAAAUAUAUCUAUAUCUUCGCAUAAAACAAUUUGUUUCUUACUCUAUUUUUAUAAUAUUGUAAAACAAGUAUACAAAUGAUUCAAGUCCUUUACCUUAAGUAAUAUAUGUAUCCUAAAAGUUAGUUGUUUAUUUUUUGUUUUAUUAAUAUUCUAUUAAAAUUAUUUACAGAGAUGCUAGAAGCCACGAUAAGUAUCAAAUUGGUGUCAUUACCAAAGACUCCAUAGAAAUUCAAGAUCUUACAUUGAAACCAAACUGGGAAGUUGCCAAAUUUGUGCAAGGAUAUGAAUAAACUAUUGGGAAAUUAAAUUGUUUUUCUAUUAUUUAAAAAUAAUUUUUACUUUUAAGUGGAGAAUUAAUUUUUUUUUUAACAAAAAUAAAAUUCUGUGGAAAAAUAUUUAAUUGUUUUAUAUUUUUGAUGAAUUCAUAAUUAAAUUUAAUAUGAUUAUUUAUUUAUAAAACUAAAUGUUAUCCACAUGGUAGUUAUUUUUAUAGGUAGUUGUAAUUCUGCACUAAAAAUAAUAAAAAUAUACUGUGACAAAAAUAUAAUAUUACAAGUAUAUAUUCUCAAAAAAAAAAUGUCUGUAAAAUAUGUGAUAAAA